CUUCACCUCGGACUCGUCCCUGAGCCGCCACCUGCGCGCCCACCCGGGCGGGGCCCCCUUCAGCUGCUUCCGCUGCCGCAGCGCCUUCCCGUGCGGGGCCGCGCUGCGGGAGCACCUGGGCACGCCGUGCCAGCCGCGGCCGCACAAGUGCCGCUCCUGCCCCAAGCGCUUCGCGUCCGCCCGCUCGCUGCAGAAGCACCGGCGCGUCCACCUGGACGGCGCCCUGCGCUGCCCGGACUGCGGCAAAACGCUCACGUCCAAGGCGUCCCUGGUCACCCACCGGCGCAUCCACACCGGGGAGCGCCCGUUCGCCUGCCCGGACUGCGGCAAGGGCUUCAUGGCCUCCAAGUCGCUCAGCAAGCACCGGCAGGCGCAGCACGGCGGCGGCUUCAUCUGCUCCGACUGCGGCAAGAGCCUCUCGUCGCACCCCGCGCUGGUCACGCACCAGCGCAUCCACACCGGGGAGCGCCCCUACGAGUGCCCCGACUGCGGCAAGGCCUUCAUGGCCGUCAAAUCGCUCAGCAAGCACCGCAAAACGCACCGGGACGGGCCCUCGGGAGCCGCGCCCGCGCCCUGCCCCGACUGCGGCCCCGGCGGAGCCGCCGCGCCCUGCCCGCACCGCCGGCGGCCCCUCGGGGACAGCCCCGGGAGCGGAGCGGGGGUCCCGGCCGCCGCCCCGGAGCCCCCGCGGCCCCACAAGCGCCGCCGCCCCGCGUGCGAGGAGUGCGGGAAGGCGUUCCGGGACGGGGCCGCGCUGCGGCGGCACCGGCGCGUCCACACCGGGGAGAAGCCGUUCGGCUGCACCGAGUGCGGGAAGAGCUUCCGAGCCAACUCCAGCCUGGUCAUCCACCGGCGCAUCCACACCGGCGAGAAGCCCUACCCCUGCUCCCGCUGCGCCAAGAGCUUCGUGUCCCGCUCGGCCCUCAUGAAGCACCUCCAGACCCACCAGCGCAGGGAGCUGCUGGAGGGGGCGCGGCCCUGA